UCUCUUUAAGGUCUCCAAGGCUGGUCUGUUUCGUAUUGAUCCGGCCACCAUUUUCCAACACACAGCGGCGGCAGCGCAGCUAGCAACACGGCCCACCGACAGCCAGGGAAGCAGGCGACGGGGGAGACAGCGAGCCGACCCACCCUCACGACCCGGAGAGAGGAAGCUUCCUUUCCCUCGGCACCGGCAGGGUAGCCAUGGCGGCCAACAUGUACCGGGUCGGAGAUUAUGUUUAUUUUGAGAACUCGUCCAGUAACCCGCUGCUGAUCAGGAGGAUAGAGGAGUUGAAUAAGACCGCCAAUGGGAACGUGGAGGCCAAAGUGGUGUGCUUCUACCGACGGAGGGACAUCUCCAGCACGCUCAUCGCCCUCGCAGACAAGCACGCCAGGGAGCUGGAGGAGGAGAUGGAGAAUCCCGAGAUGAGCGACCUCCCCGAGAACCAGAAACAUCAGCUCAGACACAGGGAGCUCUUUUUGUCCCGCCAGCUCGAGUCCCUCCCGGCCACGCACAUCAGGGGAAAAUGCUGCGUGACGCUGCUGAACGAGACCGAAGCGCUCAAGUCCUACCUGGACACUGAGGAUGCCUUCUUCUACUCGCUGGUGUACGACCCCCAGCAGAAGACUCUGCUGGCCGACAAGGGCGAGAUCCGGGUGGGCAACAAGUAUCAGGCCGACAUCACCGACUUGCUGAACGAAGGUGAGGAGGAUGCCAGGGACUUGGAGAAACUGGAGGAGAAGAUCUGGGAGCCUAGCAGCUCGCUGACGGAGAAGCAGAUCGACCAGUUUUUGGUGGUCGCUCGGUCGGUGGGUACGUUCGCCCGAGCCUUGGAUUGCAGCAGCUCUGUGCGCCAGCCCAGCCUUCACAUGAGUGCUGCCGCAGCCUCUAGAGACAUCACAUUGUUCCACGCCAUGGACACUCUACACGGCACGGGCUACGACGUGACACGGGCCAUCGCGGCGCUGGUGCCCCAGGGAGGCCCAGUUCUGUGCCGCGACGAGAUGGAGGAGUGGAGCGCCUCCGAGGCCAACCUGUUUGAGGAGGCGCUGGAGAAAUACGGCAAGGACUUCACGGACAUCCAGCAGGAUUUUUUACCCUGGAAGUCGCUGACAAGCAUCAUCGAGUAUUACUACAUGUGGAAGACCACUGACAGAUAUGUGCAGCAGAAACGAUUAAAGGCAGCCGAGGCCGAAAGCAAGUUAAAGCAGGUCUACAUCCCCAACUACAACAAGCCAAACCCCAACCAGCUGAGCAGCAACAACCCAAAGCCGGUGGCCCUGGUCAACGGAGCGGCCGGAGCCGCCGCACCCGGUCCGCCGGGACUGCCGGGUCAAGGCCUGAACCCGAACCCGCCGCCACUUGCGCGGGCCUGUGAAAGCUGCUACACCAACAGUUCCUACCAGUGGUACUCGUGGGGGCCUCCCAACAUGCAGUGUCGCCUCUGCGCCUCCUGCUGGACGUACUGGAAGAAGUACGGCGGGCUGAAGAUGCCCACCAGGCUGGACGGCGAGCGACCCGGCCCCAACCGCAGCAGCAUGAGCCCUCACGGCAUGCCCGUGCGGCACAGCGGCAGCCCCAAGUUCGCCGUCAAGACGCGACAGGCCUUCUACCUGCAGACCAGCGCCCUGACGCGGGUGGCGCGCCGCCUCUGCCAGGACAUCAUCAAGCCCCGCUACUUGGGCCGCCACCCCUACCUCCCAGUCAACACGGCUGCCAUCAAGGCUGAAUGUGCACUGCGGUUGCCGGAGAAAGACCCGGGCAAGCCUUCGCCGCUCAAACCAACAGAACGCAAACCUCUCGAGUCCGUGGUUCGAUACCUUGAAGCACAUCCCCGUCCGGCCAAAGUGGAGGCACCCGCCCGGGGGACGUCCAUCUCCACGGGCAGCCUGACGCCCAUCAAGUCCUCCCCCAUCCUUAACAACGGCUCCCCCACCAUCCUGGGAAAGCGCAGCUAUGAACAGCACAACGGAUUGGAUGGCACUAAAUCCAAAGCCUUGGCCCCCCAGUGGGACAUCAUGGCCAAACGUCUGAGCGACGUGGGCCGGCCCUCGGCUGUCAUGCAGGACGAGGUGCACCAACUGGACUGACGUUCGCACCUGCCAAGUUUGGUUGCCGAGUUCAGCUGGAAGGAGUCGACUGCUUGUUUUUUUUUGUUGUUUUUUUUUCCUCCAGUUGUCCAACUCUUUGUACAGGACUGUUUAUUACUUUCGUCUCUUGUUGUUAUUAUUACAAUGUCAAAAUGUAUGUGUUUUUUUUUGUUCUUUUUUUUUACUGAAUACUAUUCAGUUUCUUGUUCUUCUUUAGUACACAAAUGUUUCAUGAGGAAUGCUUGUGAAGUUUGACAAAAAAAAAAUGCAGAAGGACUGUAACAUAAGCCACUUGCAACUUGUGUGUUGUUAUUUUUUUAACGAGUUAUUAUUCCAAACCCCCCCAUGAGGAGAUGCACUUUUUAUUUCAUGACAUGCGUUAACUCUGUCUUUUUGUUUUUUUGUUUGUUACGUUUGUCAUUUGGAAUUUGAAAAAAAAAAAAGAAAAAAAAAGAAAAUGCUUUACGGGAAUCUUGUGUUUCGCUUGCCGGGCUCUUUGGGCCAAGAGAGGUUUAACUUAUUGAGAAGGACUCGCUGUUUUUUCUACCUUUUUCACAAGUAUUGCAUCUAUGCUUCGAUAAAGUCAUUAAAAAAACAAAAACAUUGA